AUGUUUUACCGAUUCUAUAGACAACAGCAAAGAGAACAACUUGCAGCAUUAACUAAUAAUUCUAACUCAAUAAAUUUUAAUACUGUAUUUGGUAAUUCUAUCAAUAGUAAUAUAAUUUUACCAUUUGACUCAUCAAAUAUUGGUUGUAGUAGUAAUUAUUCUAAACAUUUUGUACAUAAUUAUAAAAGAAUAUCUAAUCCUGAAAUUUUUGGUGAAACUAUACGUGGGAGAAGAAAAUUUUCUAGAAAUCAUUCUUCUUUUAGAAUACAACAAAAAGUACCUGAGAUUGAUGAUAUGAUUUUUACACAAUCUAUACGAGGUGAAGACUAUAGUCCUGCUGUUGCAUUAUUUAAAACAGCAGGUUUUAUUAGAAGUACUGCUGGAAUAGAUUCUUCUAAAGUUUCAUUUCAACAUACUCAACCAGGAAUAUAUUAA